UUCAAGAUUUUCGAUAUGAAGCUACUGAACAGAGGACAACACAGAUCAACAGUGAACAUGAGGCUGAUAAGUGCUGGGGUUCGGGUCAGGCGGGCUGUGGAGACAUCUGAGCCUGAAUCUGAGGAAACAACUGAGACAGUCCACCAUGAGCACCACCCAGAGCACCACCCAGAGCACCACGAAGGGCAUGAGCACACCCAUCCAGAGCAUCACCAUCCUGGCCACGGACAUGACUACACUCACAUGAAGAACAAGUUUAUGAAUGAAAUUACCCAUUUGCCGAUUCCCAUGUGGGCUGUGGGGGCCAUUGUGGUGGUGGUGCUGUUGCUGGUUGCUGCCUGCCUCUUCUGUAUUUUCAAAAAAUGUUUUGGGAAGAAGAAAAAGCCAAAGAAAGCAAGAGAGAGGAAAGCGGGACGUCGAAGAAAGGCUAAAGAAGGUGAAGAGGAGGGGAAAGAGAAUAAGGAGGGAGAAGUGAAAAAAGGAGAAGAGGAGGAUAAAGAGCAUGAAAAGUUGGGAAAAUUGGAGUAUUCUUUGGACUACAACUUCACUGAUGCACAGCUCAUUGUCGGAAUACUUCAAGCUCAAGAUCUUGCCGCCAUGGACAUGGGGGGCACGUCAGACCCCUAUGUCAAAGUCUUUUUAUUGCCAGAUAAAAAGAAGAAGUAUGAGACCAAAGUUCAACGCAAAAAUCUGUGUCCGGUUUUCAAUGAAACCUUUAUUUUUAAGAUUCCUUAUGCAGAGCUGGGCGGUAAGACCUUGAUCUUGCAGGUUUAUGACUUUGAUAGGUUUUCUAAGCAUGACAUGAUUGGUGAGAUAAAGAUCCCCAUGAACAGUGUUGAUCUGGGCCAGCCAAUGCAAAUGUGGAGAGACUUAGAAAGUGGAGAAAAGGAAGAGCAAGAAAAGCUUGGUGAUAUUUGUAUUUCUUUACGGUAUGUGCCCACGGCUGGGAAGCUCACUGUAAAUAUUAUGGAAGCUAAAAACCUAAAAAAAAUGGAUGUCGGUGGAUUAUCAGAUCCUUAUGUGAAGAUUGUUCUGCAACAAAAUGGAAAACGAAUCAAGAAAAAGAAGACAACUGUGAAGAAAAACACACUCAACCCUUAUUUCAAUGAGAGUUUCAGUUUUGAAAUCCCAUUUGAACAGAUUCAGAAAGUGCAAGUGGUCAUUAUGGUGUUUGACUAUGAUAAACUGGGAAGCAAUGACCCGAUUGGUGGGACCUUCAUGGGGUAUGGAGCCACUGGAGUCGGCCUGCGUCACUGGUCUGAUAUGCUGGCCAAUCCUAGACGUCCUGUGGCCCAAUGGCACACUCUUAUGCCAGAGGAGGAGGUGGAGGCCGCACUCAAGGCUAAACCCCGCUAGAAUCAUGUUCAUUUCACAUAUGACCAUUCACUGGUUUAUGUAUGCAGUUUUCUUUGUGUUCACAUUUUAUUCAUAUAAACGAAUGUUUUGUGUUGUACAGAAGGUUUUGAUAUUUUUGUUUGUAUUUCACCAUAAUUCCCUACAUCCAUAUGUGAAACAAAAUAUACUGUGUGUUUGUAUGUAUGACAAACUA